UGUUAUUUCUCCUUCAAGUUUUCUAAUGACAGCUUUCAGUUUUCGUUUUUCUAGGUAUAUUUCACUUCAUUUUCAUCAUUAUCCUGCAAAUUAUGCAUUUUUUGUUUCUCCUAUAAAUGAGAGUUGUCAACUUCUCAUCCAUCCCAAUCCCACUCUGCAAAACAUGGCCAACUCUAAUGUUGCCUUCUUUUUCUUCUUUGCUCUUUUGAUUGGACAUGGAAUUGUGGAGCUUGAAGCUUCACACCAUGUUUACAAACACCUUCUAGGUCUUCUAUCUUCUGCACCUGCAAAUCAACCUUACAGAACUGGCUAUCAUUUUCAACCUCCCAAGAAUUGGAUUAAUGAUCCUAAUGGAGUUAUGAUUUACAAGGGAGUUUACCACUUGUUCUACCAAUACAAUCCAAAAGGUGCAGUGUGGGGCAACAUUGUGUGGGCUCAUUCUACAUCAAAUGAUCUUGUGAAUUGGACCCCCCACGAGCCAGCCAUUUUUCCAUCCCAGCCAUCUGAUAUCAAUGGUUGUUGGUCCGGUUCAGCCACUAUCCUCUCUAGUGGCAAACCAGCUAUGCUUUACACUGGAAUUGACUCCCAAAACAGACAAGUUCAGAAUCUAGCCAUCCCCAAGAAUUUAUCCGACCCUUACCUUAGAGAAUGGGUUAAAUCUACUAAAAACCCUUUGAUGCAACCCACUGCUCAAAAUCAAAUCAAUUCAAGUUCAUUCAGAGAUCCAACAACUGCUUGGUUAGGCCCUGACAAUAAAUGGAGGGUCGUCAUUGGAAGCAAAGUGGAUCAGCUAGGCUUAGCAAUCCUUUACAAAAGCAAAGAUUUUGUAAAUUGGUAUCAAUCUAAAACCCCAUUGCAUUCUGCUAACACUGGGAUGUGGGAAUGCCCUGACUUUUACCCUGUUCCAAUUCAUGGCCAGAACGGUGUUGAUACCUCUCUUAAUGGCCCUUAUGUCAAGCAUGUACUUAAGGUCAGCUUAGAUAAUACCAGGCACGACUGCUAUACUAUUGGCUCGUACGACAAUGUCAAGGACGUUUAUAAACCGGAUGAAGGAUCUGUGGAGGGUGAUUCGGGGUUGAGAUACGAUUAUGGCAAAUAUUAUGCUUCCAAGACUUUCUUUGACGAUUUCAAGAACCGGAGAAUCUUAACAGGUUGGAUCAAUGAAUCAUCAAGUGUGGCUGAUGAUAUCAAGAAAGGAUGGUCUGGAGUUCACGCAAUUCCUAGGAAAAUCUGGCUAGCCAGAUCUGGCAAACAAUUGGUGCAAUGGCCAGUAACUGAAAUAGAAAAGCUACGUACAAACCACAUUGGCUUGGCAAACAAGUUACUCAAGGGAGGAUCUGUAAUUGAAAUUUCUGGUGUCACUGCUGCACAGGCAGAUGUUGAGGUCUCUUUUGAGAUAAAAGACUUUGAGAAAGCUGAGGUGCUAGAACCAAGCUGGACUAACCCACAGCUCCUAUGUAGCCGAAAGGGUGCAUCGGUUAAAGGGAGUCUCGGUCCAUUUGGGUUGCUAGUUCUUGCUUCGGAGGGCCUGAAAGAGAGGACUGCAGUGUUCUUCAGAAUAUUCAAAGGCCAUAACAAAUAUAUGGUUUUAAUGUGCGGUGACCAAUCCAGAUCUUCCCUAAAUCAAGAUAAUGACAUGACAACAUAUGGAGCUUUCCUAGAUGUAGACAUUCGACAUCACAAGUUGUCACUGAGGAGCUUGAUAGAUCAUUCCAUAGUGGAGAGCUUUGGUGGAGGUGGGAAAGUUUGCAUCACAUCUAGAGUUUAUCCUACGUUAGCAAUUAACAAGGCCGCCCAUUUGUAUGCAUUCAACUAUGGAAGUCAAUCUAUAAAGAUUUCAAAGUUGAAUGCUUGGAGCAUGAAGACAGCUAAAAUCAAUUGAAACUAUAUUAUAGUUUCAAAAAUGGCAUCAAAGUAUGGCAACUGAUGACAUUUAAAUGGACAAAUUUAACGAUGCAAUGAAAAAGAAAUGGAUAGAGAGAAACAAUUUCAUGUUAUUACAGACCAUUUCUACCUUUUAAUUUCACUUGUAAUUUAAACUAGUACGUACCCUUACACCAUAUGUUCAUCUCUUUGUAGACGAAAUAAAAAUAAAAAAAGGGUCAAUUUGAUAUGUUCCUUAUUA